AUGGCAACGGCAUCCCAUCUGACUUGCCUGUGCGGUUCCAUUAAAGAAGCGGGUACGCUCCUCACCAGCCAGACACUUCCGGUCGAGAACGACAUCUGCCACUGCAACACCUGCCGCUACACUACGGGCUCUUUGGGUGCAUGGUAUGUGAGCCUUACUGGCUCACCGAGUGAGGAAUCCCUGAGCAACGCUAUCGCUUACAAGACGUCCGAGAAGUAUACCCGCUUCUUUUGUAAGAAAUGCGGGUGCAAUGCUUUUCUGAGGUCUGACCGGGAUGGCAGCUGGGCCGCUUGCUCAGGGGUCGUGGAAAUGGAGCAGACCGAAGGGAUGACUGGGCGACUGAGCGUGCAAAAGAACAUAUCAAGGGUCUUAUCCCACAUUUACGUCGGAGACGGGAAAGACGGUGGUAUUGCACCAUUUCUCACGAAGCUUGGUGAUCGUGAUGUGCCUUGUUACAACACCAUGCCGGGGGAGGACGGCGCCGAGGUUUUAAAGAAACGCGAGCUCCAGCAACUGCGAGAGACAUUGCUGCAUCAACCAGCCUCGGAAACAAGAGACAGAGGUGAGGCAAUCGAAGCAUCCUGCCACUGUGGAUCCUGUCAACUGCACAUUGCACCACCGCCGUACGAGGUGUGGAGCAAUGGAUGGUACGUCCCUAAGGGCGACCACAACAAAUACUACGCGAGAUUCUGCGGCUGCCGCUCAUGCCGGCUAACGCUGGGGUUCACACUGCAACCAUGGACAUAUAUACCUCCAUCCCAGAUCUACACAGUCAACGACGAACCGAUAGUAUUUGGUCCGAAGGCCAGAGAAACAACCCAAAUCGAGAAGCUGAAACAUUACCAGUCUUCGGAGUUCGUGCUAAGAAGCUUCUGCAUUGUCUGUGGUGCAACCAUGUACUAUCAGAGCUUUGAGAGGCCGUAUAUCAUUGAUGUCAGUGUUGGCGUUUUGAGGUCGAGGUUUGGUAAUAUCAUGGCGGGAGAGUGGUUGGAAUGGGACAGAGGAAUUGUUAGUAAAAGGAAUGAAUGUGUUGAUGAGGAGUUGGUGGAGGCCUGGUUGAGCAGGCCAACAGCUUGA